CUGGUCCCAUGCGACCGGUGCUCGCGCCAUGAACGGCCGCGUCCGCAGCUUGCCGCUGCUACUUGCAGCGCUUGUGGCUGUUUCUUUUCCUCAUCCUGAUUAUGUCGCGGCUGCUGGAGGGGGUGGAAUGUUUGGUGACGUCAAUAUAUCUGCUAUCUUGGAUUCCUUCAGUAUCAGUUACGACAAAAGAGUAAGACCAAACUAUGGAGGACCACCCGUGGAAGUGGGAGUUACCAUGUACGUGCUCUCCAUCAGCUCUCUAUCUGAAGUGAAAAUGGAUUUCACGCUGGAUUUUUACUUCAGACAAUUUUGGACUGACCCUAGAUUGGCAUACAAAAAGAGACCUGGUGUUGAGACAUUAUCGGUUGGCUCUGAAUUUAUAAAGAACAUAUGGGUACCAGAUACGUUCUUUGUAAACGAAAAGCAAUCGUAUUUCCACAUCGCGACAACCAGCAACGAAUUUAUUCGUAUUCACUAUUCAGGCUCUAUCACUAGAAGCAUCAGAUUAACUAUCACCGCAUCAUGUCCUAUGAAUCUUCAAUAUUUUCCAAUGGAUCGGCAACUUUGUCAUAUCGAAAUCGAGAGUUUCGGCUACACCAUGCGGGACAUCCGAUACAAAUGGAACGAGGGGCCCAAUUCUGUUGGUGUAUCGAGCGAGGUGUCGCUACCACAGUUCAAGGUGCUCGGCCAUCGUCAACGAGCCAUGGAGAUCUCACUUACAACAGGAAAUUACUCGAGACUGGCAUGUGAAAUACAAUUUGUUCGUUCUAUGGGAUACUAUCUAAUUCAAAUAUAUAUACCAUCUGGUUUGAUUGUCAUUAUAUCCUGGGUGUCUUUCUGGUUGAAUCGGAACGCGACUCCGGCUCGAGUUGCUCUUGGUGUAACAACUGUCUUGACAAUGACUACUCUAAUGUCGUCAACAAACGCUGCGUUGCCAAAAAUAUCAUACGUGAAAUCGAUUGACGUUUACCUCGGCACUUGCUUCGUGAUGGUCUUCGCCAGUUUACUGGAAUAUGCAACGGUUGGAUAUAUGGCAAAGAGGAUUCAGAUGAGAAAACAAAGAUUUGUAGCUAUUCAGAAAAUUGCUUCAGAGAAUAAGAAGAUGCCCGUGGAUUGUCCUUCAGUUGGUGACUCUCAUACCCUAUCUAAGAUGGGAACUUUGGGAAGAUGUCCUCCACCAAGGCCAUCAGAAGUUCGAUUCAAGGUCCACGACCCAAAAGUUCACUCAAAGGGGGGAAUUCUGGAAAAUACCAUUAAUGGCGGCAGAGGCUCUGAGGAAGAUAACCCUGGACCCUCUCCUCAUCUUAUCCACCCCGGAAAGGACAUAAGCAAGCUGUUGGGUAUGACGCCAUCGGAUAUCGACAAAUACUCGCGCAUAGUAUUUCCCGUCUGCUUCGUCUGCUUUAAUCUUAUGUAUUGGAUCAUAUACCUUCAUGUAUCUGACGUCGUUGCUGACGAUCUGGUGCUUCUGGAAGAGGAUAAAUAGAGGGGGCUUUUCAAAGCCCACUUGAUUGAACGCAUUUCAAAGCCUUAUAGUAAAAUUUGAAACUACUCAUGAUUUAAUGCAAAUCAAUGUUAACAUCUACGUCAUAAGAUACUAUCUCUCUGUGGAAAGUUAUUUUGUUUUCAAAUACAAUUACCGAGUGAC